UGUGUUUGUGUGUGUGUGUGUGUGACAACCAUUAGUCAGCAGGACACACACAUUUAGUCACACUUUGUCCUCUCGGGCCUGUUUGCAGAUUGACCGGAUGCAGUUUUGAAAUUAUCAACUCGUUGCUCUCUCUCUCUCUGUCUCGGUCUCUCUCACCCUGUCUUUCACACACACACACACACACACACACACACCCACGCGUGCGCUCGGUUCUCCUCUGUUCGUGCCUCUGCUUCUGCCCCACGUCGCCUCUGUUUUUCUUGUGACAAUGGCUGUAAACAAAACGUACAUCAGUAUCGGCUAUGCCUCGUUUGGUGUCCUCAUGGGGUUUUCUGCUUUCCUGAUGUGGAACAUUGUGUUCAAUCAGCCUUGGACAGCAGCCAUGGGAGGACUGUCAGGUGUGCUGGCACUUUGGGCCCUGAUCACUCACAUCAUGUACCUGCAGGACUAUUGGAGGACCUGGCUGAAGGGCCUCAAAUUCUUCUUCUACAUCGGGGUUUUCUUCUCUCUGCUGGCAAUCAUAGCCUUCAUCACCUUCCUCUCUGUUGCCAUCAGCAACAACGAGUCCCUGACUGACCCUCAGAGCCUCUACCUGUCCGCCGUGUGGAGCUUCAUGAGCCUGAAGUGGUCCUCCCUGCUCUGCUUGUCCGCUCACCGCUACCGCAAAGAGUUUGCCGACAUCAGUAUCCUCAGUGACUUCUAACGGUAUUAAACAUCCCACAGUAGCCACUCAAGACUUCUACAGUACACUCACUGUGCAGGCUUCCCGACCUGAGAGUGUCACAGUGUGGCAGAGACGGAGAACACUUUAAGAGGAAUCAGGGGAGAGUUUCAAUUACUUUGUGUUGUGGACGAGCACCAGUCUCUCCCCCAAACCUCCUCUAUUUCACGUGUGCAGGAUUUGCCACUUCACAGACAAAUCCCAGCCCGUUUUAUAUGAUCCCCGGUAGAUUUUAUUCUCUUACAUUUUCACUUCCUCAACACUCUGCUUAGUCAUGCAUCUGCACGAUUUCUUGAUGACAAAAUAAAUCCAAAAUAUGGUCGUUUUUAACCGUCACUCAGUGAAGAGAAUUGUUGUGUUUCAACACACUCCUCAGCGGUAAUUAUCAGUUGCAGUUUCAUGUUCUAGCCACUAGAGGGAGGAACUCCUCUAACAAUUAAAUAACAUGUACAGUACAUGAGUUUUACAUCUUAUCUUUGUGAAAUUACAUCUAUAUAUUUUCUUUAUUUUUUUUUUCUGUAUCAGUGAACAAUGAAAUAGCCUUAUGACAGACAUGUUUCCAUCACAAGUUGCACAUACAAAUGACAAAAUGUGUAUAUCACAGUGGUGAAUACGAUGCUUUACUGUUGACGCACAUCCAAACACUGCUUUCACAGAGUGUGCCAGGGUUUUGUGAAAGGGCAGGUCACCCUAAAAUCCUGUAACAUCAAAGUGCAUGCAUCCAUGUGCAAUUCCACAGGCCCUGAUUCAAUACAAUUCUGAACUACGAAAGGGGGCAUCUUUAAUGUAAAGAAUGAUUUUUGUACAAUUUUUAUCGAUGCUACUAAAGACACACGAAGAAAGUGACAACCUUAGAUAUGAAAAGUGUAACGAUGGCCCUCGGUUGGCCCUUUGAUUCACAACAGCAGUGAUACCACUAAUGUGCAUGCUCAAGUAUUCAUAUUGUUUUAUGAUAUAUCGUCUUCAUCAAAACCAUUUUUGUCGUUGCUUAAUGAGAUUAUUUUUCUGGAUUUCCUUUAAAUAUUUCGAAAUUUUUCUUCGUACACUAUCAUGUUAGAAAUGAAGCAGCCACAUGUAUCACUUGACUGAAUGUAGGAGUGUAUGUUUGUACAGGAGCGUAUCUGAGAAUCAUGUUAAUAAA